UCGUGCAUGACUCUGACUAAUACUAGGAACACACAAUCAUGCAUCACACAAGCAUUCAUAAUACAAGGUCACACAAGUAUAGCAGCUGCGCGCCGAACACUUGCGUGGCAACUUGAGCGUCAGUGCAGCCAACAGCGCCGCGCUCAGUGCAGCGUUCAGUGCAGCGUUCAGUGCAGCGUUCAGUGAGAAGCGUUCAGUGAGAAGCGUUCAGUCAGAAGAGCUCAGUGUACUUCAGUAACGCUGAGUAGUUUUAUGGCACCAAAGUAGUGAAAUCAGAUGUCGAUAAGUGAUAAUAGGCUGAAUUUAGAUCACAUUAACACUUAGCUAGUAUCGGUAAGUCGCUUUCAGCGAAUAAAAAUACGUUAAUGUUGCAAAAAUAGCUAGAAAUAAAAACGAUUACGUCGUGACUGCUAAAUAGAUUACGAGCUAAUAUGAAUAUUUUGCAGUUGUAUCAGUUUCAGCAUGAAUGAUAUUAAUGUAAUUCCAAACUAUUAACCUUUUUCAUUCUUUAGGUUAUUAUAUGUCGAUAAUUUGUCCAGGGAUAGCUCACGCCUAAUCCUAUUCAGAAUAGUAUGGAUCCCGAUGGAAUUUACCACUGCCUAACACGCGGCAUUGACGAGCUUAGCCACAACAUCAGUUGUGUUCCCAGCGAACUGAUCUUAACAGGAUCGAACCCUGUGCCCAUAAGCGCACUGGAGUCCGGCGAAGUUCUGAUCGCAGCAGCCAUCUACGGUAAAGGCAGGAUUGUCGUCCUCUCACACGAAGGAUACAUCAUCAGGGAUGAGUUUCGAUCAUUUAUACUCAAUGCCUUAGUUUGGCUUCAAUCAUGCCAUGGAAAGACUAUAGGUAUCAGCAAAAGCUUACAUAGGCUCAAGAAUAUCCUAGAUGAUAAGGAAUUCACAGUGACGCAUUGCGAUGAUUUGGAAAACAUAGACGUAUUUUGUUGCGCAUGUGAAGGAGAUUUUCAAAAGAAAAAAGUGCUCCAGUUUGUGAAGAAUGGUGGGGGACUUCUGAUAGGCGGCCAAGCUUGGCAUUGGGCGUCUCAGAACACGGACAAGAAUGUCUUGGAAGAAUUUCCAGGCAACCAAAUCACAGCUCCUGCGGGAAUUUAUUUCUCCGGGCGCAGUGUUGGCUGUCGUGGGACUGUGAAUGUUUCUGGAAGAAGGCCUUGCCAUCAGCCCAGUCUCAGGCUUAAUUUCCAAGAGGAUGACGAUUUGAAGAUUUUACUGAGUGAACUAGACGGCCAGGAUCUGGAGUGCGACUGGAAUUCUGCUGUGUUGUUCUCAUUCGACCAGAAGAAUUUUCCCGUACCGGUCUCGUGUAAGAGGAGCGGCUUGGCUGUAGCUGGACGACUCGGGACUGGCCGAUUCGUAGCUACUUCAAAAAGCACGAUCUUCGAGACUAAGAACGGCCAAAUCUUCCUUCAAAAUAUCCUCAAAUGGCUUUUGAAGAGCGAUGUUACAGGACCUAUCGCUUUCGACGAUGAAAUGAACAGUUUGUCUAAAAUACUGGAUCCAAAGUUCGAAUGCACGGAAGAUGAUCUGGAUAAUGUGCGAGUUUAUUGCUGUAGCGCGAUGACUCAACAUCAGCCAGCUGCAAUAGAAGCUUUUGUGGCGGAGGGAGGAGGUCUGCUCUGGUGCGGCAGUGACUGGCACAUGUCAGACCUCGAGCUAAUGAAGAAAAGUGUGUCGGAAUUUCCAGGAAACAAAGUGUUGAAUCCUCUUGGGGUGGGAAUUCUGCCACCCACGAUGAACGGAGAUGUGUUCAACUCUGUUCGUUGCACGAGCGUUAAUGAAAUGCUAUCUCAAUUUAUUUCUAACGAAAACGAUUGUGAUGUCGUAAGGCCUUACGAAAACCUUGUCAAAGAUAUCGCUGAAGCCUUGAAAAUUAGAGAUUAUCCGAACCCAAGCUAUGACAUGUUGGUAACUACACUGAAAGAUUUGGUUGUAGACAAUGGCAUCUUGGAUCAAAAUGAAAAAGAGUUUAAAAAGCCCAAAGAAAAGUUAGCUCUUGCUGUCGCGGCGGAUCUUUAUGACGCACUCACUGACAAAGCGACGUUACUUCCUCAUCGUCAGAGUUUUGAUCUUGAAAAGGAACUGUCGAUCAAAAUCGAGGCUGGCAAUGCAGCCGCGCAGUGUAGGUGGGAGAGCACAGGCUUCUACACCCCUCCUGCAACACCCAUUACUAUAGUUGUGCCACAGGAAAUAGUAGACGGAAAGUGGCAGGUGCAGAUUGGUUGUCAAACAGACAAUCUAUUUAAUAUAUCCGAGCUAAGGAGAGCUCCCGUGGCGGUGCGACGUGUGCCAAUAAAGCAACAGGUUCUCAAGAUUGAAUAUCUGUGGGGCGGCCUCAUCUACUUCAUCGUGCCGGCGAAUAGCAAACUUGGUCAACUUGAGGUUACAUUUAAAAACGUCGUCAGAGCUCCCUACUUUGCACUGAAAGGCAGUAACACGGUGCUCGAGUGGCAACAAGAAAUACGGCACCACCCCGCACCUUGGGCCGAGCUUGCGGCCGACAACAUCAUCCUGACGCUCCCCUCCAGCUUCAUCCGAGACCUGGACGACCCUCGCCCGGUGCUGCAACUCUGGAACGAAAUAAUGCGUCACGUCGCACGUCUCUCCGCCAUUCCAGAGCAGUUCCCGAGACCUGAACGCAUUGUUGCCGACGUCCAGAUUUCGGCAGGAUCCAUGCACUCUGGCUACCCCAUUAUGGUUCACGACACUUCAGCGAAAGAAAUGGUGGAUUUAGAGCGUAUUUCUUCAGUUGGCUUGUGGGGCUUUAUCCACGAGCUCGGCCACAACCAACAAAACUCCAAAUGGGAGAUCUGUCCUCACACCACCGAAGCGACUUGCAACCUCUGGUCAAUUUACGUGCACGAGAAAGUCUUGAAUGUUCCCUCACAUCGAGCACACGGCUGCCUAGCGGCCGAAAAACGGCGCCAAAGAAUCGAAGAACAUGUCGGAAAGGGAGCAAGUUUGAGUACAUGGCAUGUGUGGACCUGCCUUGAAACUUACCUGCAGCUGCAAGAGGCCUUUGGUUGGGACGCCUUCAUUGAGGUACACCGCCUCUACCACGGCAUGGAGGAGACCGGGAGCUCAAAUGAGUCCAAAAUGAACACAUACGCUCAAGUUUUCUCCAACCAAGUCAAGAAAAAUUUAGCCCCAUUUUUUGCGGCUUGGGGAUGGCCCAUCGAACAAUCGAUGGCUGAAAAGCUCUCUGUCUUGGAAGACUGGGUUGAGGAUCCUAUGAAACUAUAUCAGAAGCAUGCCUAGUGUAAGUUCCGUAAAACUAAUCGUAAAUAAUUUAGCUUUUAUGCAAUUGUAACGUUCCCUUGCGAUUUUUGUGUAAAUUAUUUUUGAUGGAGUUCGAAAAUCCUAACAGGCUUCCUGGCUGAAAAUUUAUCAUAAGUGUUCUAUCAUAUAAUAAGCUCAUGAUUAGCGCCAGAUUCGUCCACUGCAGAGAAUAGUUAUAUGUAAGACCAGCUUGAGCAUGCUUUCAUGUCAUGCAGAGCAUGCAUGAAGACCAUCUACAAUCUGGAGGACCUAAGAACCACAUGCGGGAGGCUCACAAUGAG